AAUCUAAAAAACACUAGAUUCAUUUAUUUAUAUAGCCCUUUUAUUAUUUCUUUUCAUUUAUAUAUAUACUCUACUUGGAAUGUAAAUUUAUGGAGGACAAUUAAACUAAAAAAACAUUUAAAUAAGACAAAAUUUUGAUACUUUCCAAAACGCAUUUAUUACAGUUUUCCAAGUAGUAACCUUAGAAAACUGGAACGAUAUUUUAUAUAAAACAUUUAAUUCAAAUGUACAUAAAGCAAUAACUUCAUUUUAUUUAAUUUCUUGGAUAUUUAUUGGUAAUUGGAUUUUCCUUAACCUUUUCUUAGCUAUUCUUUUGGACGGAUUCUCAAGUCCUUCUGAGAUAGAAAUUGAAUAUGAAAAUGAAGAUAUUUAUGAAGAUGAUGCUCCUAUAGAAGCAUAAGGAGAUAAUACAUAUAUUGAUGAAGGAACUUAAGCUUUUGAGGUUUCUAGUUAUAUAGAUAUUGGUUUUAAUAUAAUUUUUACUUUAGAAGCUUUUAUAAAAAUUGUUGCCUUUGGUUUUAUUCUUAAUGAAAAUUCUUAUUUGACUGAAUCUUGGUCUUAAAUAGAUUUUUUUAUUGUAGUUUCUGCACUUGUAGAUAUGUCUUUUGAUAAUGUUAAUAUUCCUGCUAUUAAGAUUCUUCGAAUGUUAAGAACUCUUAGACCUUUAAGAUUUAUUAGUCAUAAUGUAAAUAUGAAAGUUGUAGUAAUUGCUUUAUUCGAAUCUGUUAGUGGCAUUUUGAAUGUUCUUAUUGUUAUUAUUUUAAUAUGGCUUAUGUUUGCUAUUUUAAGCAUUUCUUUAAUAGGAAAUAGAAUGAGUUAUUGUUAAGGAUUAAAUGAAUUUUAUGGUGUAAACUAACAAUAAUGUUUACAAACUUGUGCUUAAAGAACUGAUUGCAGAUGGUCUACAUAUGAUACUAAUUUUGAUAAUAUAAUUUCAAGUAUGACUACUUUAUAUAUAAUAAGUUCUCUUGAAAAUUGGCCGGGAAUCAUGUUUUAAGCUAUAGAUUCUAAUUUACCGGAAAUAGGCCCAGUAAAGGAUAAUUAUCAAAUAAUAUAAUAUUUCUUCGUUUCAUUUAUACUUGUAGGCUCAUUUUUUUUAGUAAACUUAUUUGUCGGUGUUAUAUUUUUAAAUUUUAAUAAAGCCUAAUAAAGCGAAAGGCGUUAAAGUUCUCUUUUUUUAACCGAAGAAUAAUCCCGUUGGAUAGAAUUUCAAUAAAUGAUCAUAAUAGUAAAAGCAGAAUUUGCCGCAAACCGUGAACCCCGUGGCGCUUUUCGUUUAAAAGUAUUCAGAAUAGUAAAUUCUAGAGUAUUUGAAGUACUAAUAAUGGUUUGUAUAGUUCUAAACAUUAUUUCAAUGGGUUUAACAUAUGAAGGUUCAAGCUUAUAAUACGAAAGCAUUUUAGAAAAUAUUAAUUACUUUUUCACAGCUACUUUUAUUAUGGAGUUAAUUCUUAAAUUAAUAGCGACCGGAUUAGAAGGGUUUUGGAUUUCAUCAUGGAAUAAAUUCGAUCUUUUUGUAGUUAUUUCAAGUAUAAUUGAUAUAGUAAUGAAUUAAUUGGGAUCUGGUAUAGCUUUUUUAAGAAUAGGACCCCAAUUAGUCAGAAUAGUGAGAGUUAUGAGAAUAUCUAGGCUCUUAAAAUUGAUAAAAAGUAUGUAAAAACUACAAAAAAUUAUCGAUACAUUGGCCUUUUCCUUUCCUUCUUUAAUGAAUGUUGGUGCUUUACUUUUUUUGUUAUUUUUUAUUUACGCUAUUUUAGGAGUUUUUCUAUUUAAAGAUAUUAAAAAAGGAAAUGCAAUUAAUAAUUAUAACAAUUUCUUUAAUUUCGUUAAUGCCUUAAUUACAUUAUUUAGGUGUUCUACUGGAGAAAACUGGUAUAUUUUUAUGUUUGAUUGUGGAAAAACUACUAAUUGUAUAUAAGGAAUUGAUUGUGGAACGCGAUUUAGUACUAUUUAUUAUGUAACUUUUAUUCUAAUGUGUACUUUUAUAAUGCUUAACCUUUUUAUUCUUAUUAUUAUUUAAUAUUUCGAAGAUUAUUAUAUGAAAGACGGUAACCCGUUGUAGGCUUUUAAUGAAAAAGUAGAAAUAUUUAGAGCAACCUGGUCAAAAUACACAGCCUUUUCUUAUGGUGAAAAAAUAGAAUCAGUAAAUUUAGUAAAUUUUCUGCAUGAAUUAGAAGAACCAUUAGGUUAUAAUAGGCCAGAUAAAACAAUUAGUAAAAAAAUGAUAGCUAAAGAUGUUAUGUAAUGGAAUUUAACUGAUGAUGGCUCUGGAAAUAUAUAUUUUAAUGAUGUUUUGUUUGCAUGUAUGAGAAAAGCAUAUGGAUCAGAAUUAAUAAAUGACGUCAGAGGAGAAAUAUAGCAAUUAUUUCAAGAAAUGGAAUUAAAAACAAAAUUAAAAAUUGCUGAAUAAAAAAAAAAAAGUCUUUUAAAAAACAGUAAAAAAAUUUUUAAUUAAUCUCUUCUUAAUUCUAAAAAAUUUAAUCCUAUGAUUGCCUUUAUGUUUUUACAAAUAACUUUUAAAACCUGGAAUAGAUAUACUUUAUAAAAAAUUAAUAAUGAUAAUAAAUCUUUAUAAUCUUCUGAAGAAUCAGAAAAAGAAGAAUAUUUUGAUUAAGAUAAUUUAUUCGAAGAAUCAUAUAACCUUGAAUAAGAAAAUAAAUUAAAUAUAUAAGAUUCUUUUGAUGAAAAUGAAGAAGAAGAAGACAAAGAAGAAGAAUUAGAAGAAGAAGAAUUUUAAAUUGGUUCUUUAUUUUCAUCUUUAAAAUUAUUUCAUGAUAACAUUCAUGAACGGUUUAAUGAUUAAGUUUAAUUAAUUAAUAAUAAUAAUUUAUAAUUAUAAAAAUAUGCUACUGCUAAAUCUAUAAAAUCUGUUAAAACUAUUAAAUCAAUUAAUGAAUAAGUUGAUAGAGUUAGUAAAUAAAGAAAAGAAUCUAUUAGAUCUGUUAUGGGUAAUGAAAUUUCUAAAUAAUCAGUAUUUAAAAUUUUGAAAAUAUAUUAAGAAGAAGAAUGA